AUGGAUGAACAGCGUUGGAAACUGACUACAAAUGGGAGAUUCUCAAUUAAAACCUUCUAUAACUUCUUGAAUGAUGGGGGUAUUUGUUGCCACAAGACCAUUGUUAUUCUUAAAGGAGGUUGCCCGAAAAAGAUUAACCUUUUAAACUGGAUUGCGUGGGAUAACAAAAUCUUGACUCUUGAUAACCUUGCCUGGCGUAGAUGUAAUGUGUUACCUACACCUACUUAUGUGAUGUGCCACGCAAAUUUGGAGACAACAGAGCAUCUGUUGAUCCACUGCCUUUUAGCUGCCCACAUUUGGACUUAUUUUGGCCAACUUUUAGCUGCUCCAGAAUCGAAGAGGUUAAAACUUGAAGAUCCGAUAGCAAAGGUCAAGAGAAGUCUGGAGUACCUUUCUUCCAAUGACACGUUAUCUAAACAGAGGAAGGAGAAGGAGAACUCGAGCUCAUGUCUUCGUUUUUCGCCUCGCGGCCUCUUGCGGCCGCCUCUCCUACUUCUUCUCGCCCCAUCCUCUUCUCAAUCCCUCCCUAUCGCGUCUCUCGCCCCUUGUGUCUCCUUUCCCCUUCAUCGGACCAGCCGGAGAUGGCUCUUGAAGGUUCCGCGGGCUGAGAACGUCGCCAACGGAGCUGAGUCUAAGCCUCCUAAUGGCAAUCUGCCCAAGAGUAGGAGAGACAUCCUUUUGGAGUAUGUCAAAAAUGUCCAACCUGAGUUUAUGGAUUUAUUUAUUAAAAGGGCACCACCACAGAUUGUUGAUGCUAUGCGGCAAACUGUGACAAAUAUGAUUGGCACACUUCCCCCUCAAUUUUUUGCAGUGACUGUUACCACGGUUGCUGAAAAUCUGGCACAACUCAUGUACAGUGUUAUGAUGACUGGUUACAUGUUUAGGAAUGCACAAUACCGCCUGGAACUGCAACAAAGUUUGGAGCAGGCAGCACUUCUGGAUACAAAAGAAGUCAAGGAUGAAACUGUCUAUGCACCUGGCACACAGAAAAAAGUGAUUGGAGAAGUAAUCAGAUGGAAUAAAACUUCUGGCCCUGAGACAAUGGAUGCAGUGAAAUACAUAGAAUUGCUUGAAGCAGAGAUUGAGGAACUGAAAAGUCAAGUGAUAAGAAAAACAGCAAAUGGCCAGAAUGACCUUUUGGAUUAUCUAAAAACCCUUGAACCUCAAAAUUUGAAAGAACUGACAAGCAGUGCUGGUGAGGAUGUUGUUUUUGCAAUGAACAGCUUCAUAAAACGCUUACUGGCAGUUUCAGACCCUGCACAAUUGAAGACAACUCCGACAGAAACCAGUGCUCCUGAGCUAGCAAAAUUGCUGUAUUGGCUUAUGGUUGUCGGCUACAGCAUUCGCAACAUUGAAGUCCGCUUUGAUAUGGAAAGAGUGUUAGGCACUCCUCCGAAGCUUGCGGAGUUACCACCCGGAGAAGACAUCUAG